UAAUGUUCAGUUUGUUCUCGGGAUCGAUGUUCGCGGGCAUCGCCUCACCGUGUCUGAGCCCAGCGCGGUAUUCUCUUACACACGGACGCUUUCUUUCUGUCCUCGUCACUCGUUCCGCUCACUAACCGAAUCCGGCGUUUUGACAGGAGCUCGUCCUUCGGCUUUUGAAAGAGGGGGAGAAAGAGAAACGGAAAGAAAAAAAGAAGAAAGAGGGGGGGAAAAGCGGUCCGCCAUAGAUCCGAGAAGCAGGCGAAAGAGACACCCCGUCCUGACACCUGAUUUGACAAGACAGCGGCUCUGAUAUUGGGAUUGUACGAGAGAAGAGAGGAGAGGAAAGAGGAGUGCGGUUAAAGCGGUAGAAAUUAAAACAAGAGUGGCGCUUCUGUUUGUGUUUGUUUUCUUCUUCUUUUACGGACUAUUUGAGAAAGCUGAAGUCGGCACCUUGACGAAUUUGAAGUGCGAGUUGAGAGAAAAUGCCGAGGAGGAAGCAGCAGGCGCCGAGGAGGGCUGCGGUGUAUGAGCCAGAUGAUGAUAUUGGUGCCCCUGAACCAGUUGCUGAAGAGGACGGAGGAAAUGACUUGCAAAAUGAAGAUGAGGGGUCUGAGAAGACCAGCACUAAAAUUCCUGAGGAUAAGGAAACAGACAACAAGAGCAGCUACAGCUUCCAGAAUUCUCCUGUCAGCGUCUUGUCCAACCAGGAAGUUGAACUGGAGUCCCGUCUGAGUGAUGGCAGCGACAGACUAUCUGACUUCAAGGCCUCUUCCCCACCAGAGAGCCUGAGGGACAAUGAAAAUCAUGGAUCAAAACCAAAAGACGAGAUGUACGGCAGUCUUGAGAAAAUGAGAGCAACUUACGUCAACUUCCUCUCAGACUCCUACUGGACAAAUAUUGGACUAGACCUUAAGAUUGGUAACACCGGCAGCAAGCCCAACUGCGACAGCUCUAAUGCAGCGUCUAAGCGUGAGUUUGACUGGCAUCAGGAUGCCCUGUCCAAAACCUUACAGCAAACACUGUCCCCAAAACCUGUGUCAAAACCAAACCUUUUCAGCUCGGUGCACCUGUACAGGCAAAGCAGCAAAGCAUGUGGUACAGUCUUCACAGGAGCAAGUCGCUUCCGCUGCAAAGACUGCAGUGCAGCAUAUGACACCUUGGUAGAACUGACAGUGCACAUGAACAAGAGUGGACACUACCAAGAUGACAACCAUAGCAGACAAGGAAUUGCCUCCACUUCAUCUUCCAAAAGUCGGAAGAGGAACCUUCAAGACAUGGAAGGCAAGGAGGACGCACAGAAAGUGCUGAAAUGCAUGUUUUGUGGCCAUUCUUUUGAUUCUCUCCAAGACCUAAGUGUCCACAUGAUUAAAACUAAACACUACCAGAAAGUGCCUUUGAAAGAACCUAUUCCAGUAAUCACUCCUAAAUUAGUUCCACCAGCAAAGAAGCGUGCCUUUGAAUCUACAAGGCCAUGUUCUCCUGAUUCUACCACCGGUACAAUAGGCUACAGUGAAGCCCAAAGGUCAUCCGGUCUUACAAACACUCCAAACAACCGAUACGGCUAUCAGAAUGGUGCUAGCUACACAUGGCAGUUUGAAACAUGCAAAUCCCAGAUUCUAAAGUGCAUGGAAUGUGGAAGUUCACAUGAUACUCUUCAACAGCUGACAACACAUAUGAUGGUCACUGGUCAUUUCAUCAAAGUGACAAAUUCAGCGUCCAAAAAGGGUAAACAACUAACUCUUGAUCCAUUAGCAAUUGAGAAGAUGCAGACACUAGCAGAACCCGCUGUUAAUGAAUCUGAGGGUCAAAAGGCCUCCUCAAAGUGUACUGUCUCUGAGGUUUCUCAGAAAUCGUCCCCAAAGGAAAAGAAACCCGACCAAGAAGACGAGAGAAAUAAAGAUGAUCAGCAAGACGGGGCAGAUCAAAAGAGUACUGAUGCUAAUUUUAAAUAUCCAUACCUACGAGAGGAGGACCUGGAACAAGGAGCCAGUGGUGGGGGUGACAUACUAAAAUCAUUAGCCAACACAGUAGCCACAGCAAUUAAUAAGGCUCAGACAGGGACACCCAGCUGGAGUGCUUACCCCAGCAUACAUGCAGCUUACCAGCUAUCAGGCGUAAUUAAGAAUGCACCGCUUUCUGCCUCUACCCCCAUACACGUUAAACAGAGUCACAACCACAGAUUGAGGCUCAUCGCCCCCAAAGGAAAGUUUUAUCAGGGACUUAGAGUACACGAGAGUUUCCAGGGACAUCACAAUCUGGACAUCAAAAAGGAGAGGGGUGGUGCGUCUGAUGACAAAGAGAGCCAGAACAGCAAGUUUGAUCUUGCAGAGAAUGAUGACAGUGAUUGUCAGGAUGAUUCCUCUUCCUCUUCAAAGCUGGAUGCAGACUGUGUAAGUGAAGGGAAUGACACGAUCAAAGGGAAGUUGAGCCCAGCUUUCUCUGACACAGCCAACCCCUCACCAAGCCCUCCUGCUAGCAAUGGGCACAGCAGUUCCUCAGACAUUGUCAGUGACUCUCAGGAAGUCCCUACUAUAAACCCUCUAAGUGCACUACAGUCUGUCCUGAACAAUCAUUUGGGAAAGGCAAAUAAGCCAAGACAAGAGGGGGUGCUGUCUCAACGCAUCCAGCCGAUGUUCUCAGAAUUAAGCCGAGGUCUUGAGAAGCCAGGUUCAGUCCUCACAUCAUCUGCUGUCAUCAGGACAAACAGCACCAACUUUAUGUUCACAAAUAAUGACCAGCCAAUAGACUUAACAAAAAACAAACACAACAAAUCGAGUUCAUCACAGUCCUCCACUCCUAUGCCUCAGAAACAUGCACUGUCUGACAUUGCCGACAUGGUAAAGGUUCUUCCCAAAGCCACGACGCCAAAGCCCUCAAUAACAUCUAGAGUGCCUGCAGUGAAACUGGAGUCAGACGUGAGGCGGUUUGAAGAUGUAUCCAGUGAGGUCUAUUCUGUCCACAAACGUAAAGGCAGGCAAUCAAACUGGAACCCUCAGCACUUGCUCAUUCUUCAAGCCCAGUUUGCUUCCAGCCUCUUUCAGACCUCUGAGGGCAAGUAUCUUCUCUCUGAUCUUGGUCCUCAGGAACGGAUGCACAUCUCGAAGUUUACCGGACUUUCUAUGACUACCAUCAGCCACUGGUUAGCCAACGUUAAAUACCAACUUAGGAAAACAGGAGGGACCAAAUUUUUAAAGAACAUGGACACGGGCCAUCCGGUCUUCUACUGCAACGACUGCGCGUCCCAGUUUCGAAUGCCAUCUGCUUUCAUUUCCCAUCUUGAAUCCCAUCUUGGUUUUCAGAUCAAAGACAUGAGCAAACUGCCAGUCGAGCACCAGACAAAGGUAGCAGAGCCUGAACUGGCAAAAACUUUCAGUGUUAGAGUGACAGAAGCACUGGUGACAGAGGAAGACAUGGACUCCAAAUUCAAAUGCAAGCUUUGUAGUCGGACAUUUGCCAGCAACCACGCAGUCAAACUUCACUUGAGUAAAACUCACAGCAAAUCUCCAGAGAACCAUUCACAAUUUGUUGAAAUGGACAAAGAGUAGCUUGGCUGAUUUUUAUUACUAUAUAUAUAGUUUUUUUCUUGUUAAUAACUGUAAUUGCUCUGCUUUUAUAUAUAUGAAAAAAAGAUAACGGGUGAAAUUAUUUUUUUUUCCAUGUUACAUGUAGCAUUACAUAGUAUGCUCAUAAAUUUAAAAUGACAUUUAACAUUUCAUCAUGUUAAGGAAAAAUGGACACACUGGCUGGAUUAGAAGGAAGUGUAAGUAAAUUCUCCAAUGAAUCCAUUGACAUAAAUCUUUGCACUCGGCUCAAUUGCAUCACCAGUAAUGAACUGUAUUAUUGCUUGAAACACAACUGCAGAUGUUUGCAUGCGGUAGCUCUUGCUAUGACUAUUUAUUUGUAUGAUAUGGCAAGUUUUAAUUGUAAUACUUUUAACAGCAAAUUGAUUGAUGCAUUAACUGUAAGCUCUGAUGAUGCACCUGAAUGGACAAACAGGUAGCCAAACAUACAUUUCCAAAAAAAAAUAAAAAAAAAAUAAAAAAAAUAAAAUAAGAUUGCAAAUAAAAAAAAGAGAAUAAUAAAAGAGAGAAAAAAAAGAAAAAAAGCAAGAAAAAUAAAUGUACAGUUCAUUAUUCUGUAAAAUAUUUGUGUUGCAAUGAUAGAACAGAAAAGCACUUUAAUAAAUGUUUAAUCAUUGGUUUAGGCUCAGAUUCGGUAUGUGAGUUAACAGAUUUAGACAACUUUGACAUAAAGAUGUCUCACAUCAAUGUAUAUAUAGCACUGCAGAAAAAAUGUGUCUCAUCACAAGGAGGAUAGCGAGACAGAACACACUGCACCUUUUAUACCAGUAAAAAUAAAUCAUUAACAUUUUUC